UCGAUAGAGCGCAUGCGAAUCAACAAUGGCGGACGAAGACGUAAAUGGCGACUCGGAUGAGGUUCAGCAAGAAAAGUCUCAGAAAAAAGCAGCAAAGUAUGAUAGUGGUGCAGCAGAUUUAGAACGGGUAACAGAUUAUGCGGAGGAAAAAGAAAUUUCUUCGUCCGACGAUUUCUCUUGUGCACUGACCAUCAUCGGGGAUCGACGAAACAAAGAGAGGGCUGAAAAAAUUGCUAGGGAAAAGGAAUUGCUCAAAGUUUCCAUUCACAAAGAAGACGUCGAUCUGAUUAUGAAAGAAAUGGAAAUCAAUCGAGGCUUGGCAGAACGAACUCUCAGAGAGCACAGAGGAGAUGUUGUCGAGGCCCUUAUUACAUUGACCAACUGAUAAACGCCCUUGAAAAUAUUGGCUUCUUAUAUUUCCAAGUACCAUUGUAAAUUGAAAACAAAACAUAUUUACACAUAGCACUACGAACAUUUGUGAUUCGGGAGUUUUAACACGGAUAUUUAAUAUAAAGAACACAAUAAAAAAAAAAGUAACGUA